AUGAACGUCCCUAAACCAAAUGCCACAAAUAAUACGGCAAGUCAAGACCCUUUGAACAUCCCCUUUCUAAACUCAAACAGUCUUCAUUUGCCAUUGCAAGCCGCCACUGCUGCUGCCGCCGCCGCAAACGCCCAGACACAGAAUUACAACCCCUUAAGCUCUAUCAAUUCCCUCAACAGCUAUUCCACACAUACCUCGUCCAACACAUACUCCAAUAACAAUUCUCUUCAACAGGCGUACUUGCCCUUUGCCAAUUCGAACGCCGCAAACUCUUUGUAUACUCAACCUGCCUUCAAUUAUCCCUUGGCCACUUCGACCACUUCUGCGUACAAUUAUACUACAUCCAACCCAAACACGACGAAUGCCAUUGCAAACGCGAAUGCGAAUGCAAAUGCGAAUGCCAAUGCGAAUGCAAAUGCCAUUGCAAACGCAAACGCAAACGCAAACGCAAACGCAAACGCAAACGCAAACGCAAACUCGUUAUCCUCGUAUAAUAACUCUAAUACAUCCACUUCCAUCAACACAAACAGUAAUUCUCAAAAUUAUAUAAAUACAAACACUUCGUCUUCUUCAUCGUAUCCCUUCCAAUUCCAACUACCAGUGACAAACCAUGACAAUUCCACCAUCCCAAGUUCGGCUAAUACAAAUUCCACAAAUAACAAUAACUCGUAUUUGGAUUCCUCAACUUCACUUGACAACUCUUCCAAUAAUAACUUGUCCAUCCCCUCUUUUACCAACCAAUUCAUAAGAGAUAAAUACCUCCCAACUUCGCAACAUCAUUUGCCAUUGAACAACACAAAUACAAACCCAAACUUGAACUCCUUCCAAAACGUAAUCAACCCAACAACCCUCCCUUCAUCUUCCAUCACCCCACCUCCUUUACAACACCCCAAUUCUUUAAUAAACAAUUCCAUCUUGAAUAAUAAUAAUAAUAAUAAUGCCAAUAAUAGUAACAAUCAUAACAACACGGCUAACCUAUUGAAUGCUCCUCAAUCCGCAAUCAAUCAAGAUAUCAUCUUCCAAUGCCAUUUAUGUGAGAAAUCCUUUAAAAGAAAAUCUUGGUUGAAAAGACAUUUGCUUUCGCAUUCCAAGAAGAGAAAUUUCUCAUGUCCCUGUUGUUUGUCCAAACAUAAGAGAAAGGAUAAUUUGAUUCAACAUUUGAAAUUGAAACAUCUCGAUUAUAUUUUGAAAAAAUUAAAUAAAGAUGAUUUAAUCAUUAAAUAUAAUUUAUCGUCCAAUUCUACUACUUUGCACAACAAUAAUUUGACAAAUGGAAUCUUGCACGCCCCCAAUUAUCAAUUGAAAUUGCCUCUAAACAAUUCCAACCUAUACGGAAUGGGCAUCAACAAUUUGAAUAACCAACUUCAUCCAAAUACCUCCUCCACUACUUCUACUUCCUCCAUUUACGAUUAUAACGAGUUAAGGUUGGAAAACGUCAAGAAAAAUACAGUCACCGUCAAGAAAUUGAUUAACGAUGCUAAAGUCAAUAAAGAUGAAUUGAAAAGAGUGAUCAAUUAUAUCAUCAGUGAAGCCAAUAAAUAA